ACUGACAACACCUCGCGCACGCGUCACCUACUGUAUAAAUUGACAAAACUACGUCAGUCUACUUCAGUUUAUAAUAAACGUUGUAGGUGGUGUAACGCUUACCGAUACCAAGAUCGUGACAGUUUUGUUACAUAAAUCGUGUGUACAUAAUAACUGUAGUGCUGAUAAGUUUUCAACUCUUCAAAGAUUAGUGUGAAGUUCAUGCGGAAAUUGGAUUUGAAUUGAAAUUUUAUUUCAAAAUUAGGGACAAGUUGAAAAGUGUCAGAAAACCCAGCAAGAUGUGUAAAGAUUCAGUGGUUGCUAUGACAACGGAGUCUUUCAGCGGAGUUGCCGCCAAAAGCUCCGCGGGCCAGUGCAUGGCCUCCGUUCUGCUCUCGGCCCUAUGCGAGCGCCGCCUCACCGUGGGGUUGCCGGCCGCCGUGCGCCACCUGUCCGCCAAGGGCGAAGCCCUAUUCGUGGUGACCUGCGGCGCGCCCCCCGGAGACAGCGCCACUCACAUGCUGGACGUGCUGCUGCGAGCCUUUUGUAUAGAGCACGACAUCCACGUUUUGGAGGUGGACUCGGAGCGUAAGCUGAAGCGUCUCCUGGGCGUCGAGUGUUCUUCGUCGGUGGGCUGUGUGGUGGUCCACUCGCCGUACGCGGACCCCUUCAGCGACAGCGCCGCCGCCCCUCUCUCUCCCAACGAGCGGAGCCUGGUGUCUCUGUGCGAGGAGCGCUCGGCGCCGCCCCUGGUCCGUCUGCCGGACAAGUGAGCAGCCCGGGGUCCUCUGGACACACUCUGUGACUGGACUGCGCACGAGACGUCCUCUCUCGUAGUUUGUGAUGGAUUGUUGAACUCUGUCUGCCCGAAAGGCUUGUUUUUUGUAAUAAACAAAAGUUGUCAAACAAUCUCCACGUCAUCUGUUUCCUAGAAGACGUUGAGCUCUGUAUAUGAAGUAGUGUGUGAUCAAAGUCACCGUAGAACGCUUUGUAUGUAUAUGUCACUAGCUCCUACAACUGUCUGAACUUCAGAACUCUUUACUUAUUAAUACUGACAAGCAAAUGUCCAAUGAUUAGUCUACUGUAGUCUGUGGUUCAAUGUUUUGUACAUUUCUACAUUUCUUACAAUAAAUGUAUCUUAUAAUACAA